AUGUCCGAUUGUAUGACUUUUGGCAUCUCACGCCUAUUAGGUAUUAUAUCUAUAUCCAGCUGGAUCUGUGCUCAACUUCCACAGAUUUACACAAAUUAUGUAACGAAAUCCACAGACGGAAUAUCUCCCUCAUUUUUGCUUCUAUGGUUUUGCGGCGAUUUUUUGAGUUUCACUAGCUGUCUUUUCAAUGAGGGCACACUCAAAUUUCAACUAUACUUGAGUCUCUUCUUCUUGUCCAACGAUAUCACCCUAUGUUAUCAGUACUACUACUACAAUAGUGUGUAUCCCGGAAAACACUUGAAAUCAGAACCGAAAGCGCCAGGAAAUAAGGUGUUGUUUGACAUUUCCUCUGUUUCCAUGGGCGGCGCCUCUGUGCUGAAAAGAUCUAGUGUCAAAAGCCAAUCCAUCGAGAUCAGCGAGACCAGUAGUCUCUCUGAAAAUGAAGAAUCAAACGGUUAUGGACUGGCUCUGAGUCUGCCAGGAAGUACAAAAUCGCUUUCAGCCACUCUGGUUCUUGCCGGUGCGCUUCUUAACGCUGCUGUAAGCACUGCUCGUCCAUUGGAUCUGCUGAUCUUUUCGAGUGGUUCAACUCCUGAAGUGUCUCUAGCUCAAGAUUUCGGAACAGUCUUGGCAUGGGCUUGCACUUUCGUCUACGUGAGCUCACGAAUCCCACAACUUAUGAAGAACCACAAACGUAAGUCGGUCGAGGGAAUGUCACCCCUUCUAUUCAGCUCGGCGCUUUUGGGAAAUUUAGCAUACACUUUAUCUAUAUUGACCAGCUGUGAUUUCCUCGGCGCGGCGGACAGAAAGGCAUACUUCAUGCUCCAACUCCCCUAUCUAUUAGGAAGUUCUGGAACGAUUGUAUUUGAUUUGGUAUACUUUUAUCAAAGACACAUAUAUCGUCCGCAGGAUUAUCUGCGGUUGGAGAUGGAUUUUGAAGAUUGGGAAUCCUAG